AGAGCAGGAGAGGCGGCAGCGGCGGCGGCUUGGCUGCGAAGCGCCUUGACGCUCUUUUCUCCAGCUCAGCCCAGCCCGACCCCUUAUGGCAGCGGCUGCUCCAGCCUCCUGGCUCUCCUCCUCCUCCUCCUCGACCGCCCUUGCUCCUGCCACUCCCCGGGCUGGGCUAGGCCCCUGGAUGUCUCUGCCGAAACUCUCAGGAUCCUCUUCCUCUUCACCAUGCUAGUACUUGGGUGCUUCUUCUUCCUAGCUUGCUGUUGGCUGGGGCCCCCGGGAUGCUAAGUCGCCCCCGACGCCUCUUGCUGCCCUCCUGCCCGAGACCGACCUGCUUUGGGGAGCUUCCUUCUCACUACCGCUCUAGAGUUGGCUCCAGAAGUCAUGGUGUUGUGGGAAUCUUCCGCAGCUCGCCAGUGCAGCAGCUGGACACUUUGCGAUUGCUUUUGCUGGUUGCUUCUGCCGGUGACACUGCUCAUCAUCGCCCGGCCGGACAAACUUGCAGCCUUCCCUACCUCCUUAAGUGACUGCCAAACGCCGACCGGCUGGAAUUGCUCCGGUUAUGAUGACAGAGAAAAUGAUCUCUUUCUCUGUGACACCAAUACUUGCACAUUUGAUGGGGAGUGCUUAAGGAUUGGCGAUACCGUGACUUGCGUCUGUCAAUUCAAGUGUAACAGCGACUAUGUGCCUGUGUGUGGUUCCAAUGGCGAUACCUAUCAGAACGAAUGCUAUCUGAGACAAGCUGCCUGCAAGCAGCAAAGUGAAAUACUUGUGGCAUCAGAAGGAUCAUGUGCCACUGAUGCAGGCUCUGGAUCAGGUGAUGGAGGGAGUGAAGGUUCGGGAGAAACCAUUCAAAAGGAAACAUCCACCUGUGACAUUUGUCAGUUUGGGGCAGAGUGCGAUGAAGAUGCAGAGGAUGUUUGGUACAGAAACAUACUUACAUAUUUGUUUGAUUUGGAAAAUAUGAUUUCUUUGAAUGUGACUUUCCUAGUGGAUCACCCUCAGAAGGAAAUUUAG